CCAGUCGUCAGUUGAGUAAGUCGUUUGUCAGUCUAGAAUCAAGGAAUUGAGGGAAUUUGCUAGUGCUGACACCAACACCGUGUUGAUCAUUAUCAUCAUGGCAUUUCAAGUGGAUGAAUGGCAACAAUACGUACUGGACAAUCUGCCACAACUUGUUAAAAAGUUGUGUGUGUCUAGCAUAACAGACCAUUUGAUCUCCCAUCGUCUCAUCUCUACAGAAGAAGCUCACAUACUGAGGCAUUGUCCGACAGAGGAAGAGCGCUGUCGGAUACUUUUGUGCGACGUUUUACCGCGCAAGGGAAGUGGAAGUCAUGUCCUGGAUCGAUUUUGUGAAGUUUUGGAAGCGGCAGGACAGCAGCAUAUUGUAAGGGAGGUUAUGAAGAGAGGAGGCGUGGUAUGUGCAGAUCAGCCUGUAAGCGAUCUGCAGACGGUACAGCAACAGCAGACCAUCCAACAAUCAGAAUCUAAUGAGCAGUGUGAUGGGCUCAAUGGACAGGAAAAAAGCAUGACAGAAGUUGUUCAGCAUGCGCAGCAAGCUAGUACGACUGCACCCACUGAAGACAACUGCACCAGAGAGAGGGAGGAACUGUUGCAGCAGAAAGAUGGGACUAGUGGAUCAACAGUGGAAGCAACUACACCUUCAAAGGAAGAGGUAGAUUCUGAGUGGAAACAGCGUUUGAAGCAUUGCCAUUCAGAUCUUAUAGCUGCUCUUCGCCCAUGCUUGUUUUUGGAUCACCUUCGAGGUUCUAAUAUACUUUCUCAAGAAGAACACACAGAGCUGCAAGAAGAGGCAGUGUCUGAAACUGAUCGAUCAGACAGGCUUCUAUGUAUUCUUUCUUGUAAGGGAAAGGGAUCCUUUGAAGCAUUCUGUAAGAUUCUUUGUAAUGUGGAGAAACAAAACCAUAUUGUAAGUGAAAUUCUGAAAGUCCAAAAUCCAUCUUUACUUCCUAUUGAUGCCAACCGUCCACUUAGUGGGGAAACGAUUGGUCAAUCUGACAGCAGUGAGACACUCAAAAGGAAAAGACCCCAUGAAAGUUCUAGUGAUCCACCUUGUUCCAAAUCGUUGCGUGCUGAUGAAAGGAUUCCAAGUGCAACUUUUAUUUUUAGAAAGAUAGAUAAAGAAAAUGUCAAGAACUGGAAGGAGAGUAUUAGAGAAAUGUGUCGAAAAUGUUAUAAAAUAGCAAAAGAGAAUGUAAUGUUUUUGUACAGUUUUCCGCCAGCUGGUAAUGUGGAUCCCAAAUUCUUUGGUGACACAGUCAACAAGAUAGCUGUAAUUCACUUGGUUGGUGUAGCACCAGAUCGUGUUGAAAGGCACAGGAGCCGGUUAGUUUCUUUUGUUGCUGAUUUCAUGGACGUGAAAGAGGAUCACAUUCAUUAUAAGGGAGCAACUGGAUGCUCAUCUCUUGUUCUGUUUCAAAUGCGAAUGGAUGACUACGUUAGACUUUUUUCUGUGCUAGCAGUGGAAGAACAAUGCAUUGCACUGUAUCAAACAUUGAAAUGGAUAUUUCCAGAGUUACUUGGAGUCAAGUUUAGGCUAGGUGGUUUGCCACCAGUAGAAUUGAUCAAUUUGGGAGUGAGCAUGGAGAGAGUGUUAAUGGACAAAGGAAGUAACAUGAGAACUUUGAAAAUUAACCAGAUGACCAUGUUGUCACUGUCAGCAAUCGAUUUACAAUUUAAGUACAUGAACAAACAGAUAUGUGAUGUGUCUGACGUUGCUUAUGGCUUAACUGAUGGUCUGAGGAGAUCUAAAAUUCAGAUCAUGACAUUACAAAAAACCAUUCUAGAUGCAAAGAACGCAAGCAAACAGAACACACUAGCAUUGGACGAACUUGAGAAUGACAGAAUUGGUCAUGCAGCACAGCACAUUGUAGGAGACCAGAAUUCCAGUGCGGCAUGUUUUACAAGAAUGAAAGUGAGAAAGAUUACCAUUCCAAGAGAUUUUUAUAAAAAGCUUGAUAUGAUCAAAUGGUUGCAAGAAGAAGUAGAGACAAAGUUGUCACAGAGACGACAAUUGGCGGAGAGAACGUCAUGCUGUCAUACAUUGCUAGAUGGAUUACAAACACGAAUAGCUAAUCUCAAGUUAUCUAAGAAAAAGACUAAGACAGAUCCAAUGAUCAGUCUGCCAUCAUGGACACAGUGGAAUGUACACAUGCCUUAUGACAGUUGGUAUUCAUAUAAUAUGAUGGGAGAGCUUGAAGGCAGACUAGUGGUAGGAAGUGAUGGUGGUAAUCUGCAUGUUCUCACUUCUAAACGUGAUAAGUGGGACAAGUUUGUCAGAAAGAAUGGUGACAUCAGGAAUGUAGUGUGUCAUCAAGGUGUGUGUCUGGUGUGUAUGUAUGAUGGAGAUAAGGAUCAGUUUGUAAUUGAACAAUUCUAUUUGAAUGAAGAUGACAAAUGGCGUUUUCUCACAGUUCUACCAAACGAACUGCAGUUGGAUGGUGUAUCUGUUGCUCUUCAUGACAACUCACUGUAUGUGGUGGGUGGUGUGACUAAGUCAGAUGAGGUAGUGAAGACGGUAUGCGUAUGUGACCUUCACAGUGGUCAUUGGUCUAAGAUGGCUGACAUGCAAACAAAACGUACUGUCUGUUCUUCUGUUAUUAUAAACAACACAAUUUUUGUAGGAGGAGGAUGGACUGAUGGACCUUACCAUAGUAAUGUUGUUGAGUGUGCAGAUGUCCGUGUUAGAAAAUGGAGAACAAUCCCCCCUACAACCUCUUAUGACUGUGCAAUGACAUCAAUCAGUAACAGCCUGGUGGGGACUGGAGGAACGACACAGCAGAUGUCUGUUUCUUCUUCUUCUAAUAUUGUAGAGUUAUAUGAUGAGAGAGCUACCAAAUGGCUUCCUCUUCCACACAUGACACACAAACGGUGGGCACAUGCUGCAUUCUCAACUCAGAAUGGAGAGCUCAUCACAGCAGGAGGGGUGUGUGAACAAUAUAGAAAGUUACUAUCAAUAGAAAGUCUGAAAUGGAACUAGUAUUUCCAUUUUAUUCUAAUUUGUGUGUAUUGUUAGCAUAAACAUGUAUCAUGUUUGGCAAUAAUUGACAUCAACGAGCAAAGUUAGAGACAUUUGUAUUUAAUUAAUACAAUGAUAUGAUUAUAUCA